AUACCAGUGUCUAUUCGAGGAGAAAUCGUAUCGUACUUAUUUUUAAAAGUCCGGUUGGGUGUUAUGUGAACUUUAUACUGUCACACACUUAGCUACGUUUACUGGUAUAAGCAGAGGAUAUUUAUUUUAAUUUCAACAUUUCCGUCAAAUGAAGAAGACCAGGACGACAGAUCGACAUUGUGACCAAACGCUGCUUGUCCACCACCGAGUUCUGCCACACGACUACCAUGGUGUGGCUUUUGAGCCCGUUCUGAUUUAACCAGUCCUUGGACACUUCACACACAAUAGUGGCUUUAAUUCUAUUGUGGAUUAAAUACAAUCUACCCUGCAUACUUCUAAGGAAGACAAACAGGAAAUACUCUUAUCAAUCCUGGCGAUGUUUCUGGGAUCUUCACCAGUAUUGCUCGGCCCUCUAUCAUCGGACAAAGGACGUUACAGUGACACCCCCCUGUGAUAGCUUCCCAGAGAAGUCUGCAAACACACGUUUUCUAAUUUGCAGAUAAUAAAUACAUCUAAUGGGUUAAAAUUGAUAGAUCGGACUUGGACGUACCCGGAUAAUUAAACAGGUGACCGUAACUCGCGUGUGGACGUCAACAGUAGGAUUUACCGGUGUUUAAUGGAGUGUGCCGGGUAGAUAAUGAUGGAAAGAAUACACAGCUAUAAAUGUACAGGAAGUUAGUUAAACAAACAUGGAUAGUUAGACUGAUUUAUACUCUACAACACUACGUGUAAAUGGUGACUGGUGUUCCAUCACCAUCCGGACGACAUGCGGACGUGCUUCCAGGUAUUUGGCGACCAAGCCCUCUCCGGUAUUGCUACGUUACUAAGCGCCAACGAAGGGGAGCCCACAGUACGCAAUAACCAACACUUUUGUUUCGCCAUGAAAUAUCCUGCCUUGCUCAAACAAAGUUGUCACCCAAGACAAAUACGGACCACGGGAGAUCACGGCCGGGCUGAGCCCACCAAAGAAAAGAUUUAAUGUUUUUUGUCGUAAUCCUGUUAUUUGUAUAAACCAGAAUGCUCACUCCUACGUACACAGUGUAAAUCUUUGAACACAGGCAUGUCAUUUUUUACCUGGUGUGUAUCUAGAUCAGUAAUUAACUCAAUCGGAACAGAUGAACGUUCGAUGGAUUAAGUGAACGAUAACCAGGUAAACCUGUCAAUGAUAGAAGUUCUGGAUCAACUAAUGGUGUGUUGGCUUACACUAUAUUGUCUUUAAUGGAAAAUCCUUGAAAUAUCAUUCUUGAAAAUUGAAUGUAUUACAACACAGCAUUUACUUUAUGAAAUGUUAUCAAACUGACAACAGUGGAUGGGAAUGGAAACGAUACAGAAGUUAUGUUUAUUUGAGUGUAUAGUGUUUAUUGAUUCAGGGAGAUAAAAAGGCAAAAAUAAAAAGAUUCGUGAAGUAUUCCUUUUAAUAAGGAAAUAUUUGAAAUGUGAAGAAAGUAAAAGGAUCAUAACGUCAGCAAUCCACCUGAUAUCAGUGACAACAAGUUCAUACGACCAUAUACCAUUCGGACGUGCCACAUUUCGAGGAUGUUCUUGAGAAUCUCCAAUGAAACUUAUAUCAGAUUCUUCUACUGAUAUCAGGACAAAGACACCUAGCAUGAUAGGAAGAAAAAUCGUGAAUACUUAACAUGGUCUGUGAUACAACGAAUCUCCCAGGACCACGUAAAAGGUCGAGUUAAGUUCUUUGACAUAUACGGAUUAAACACAUCAAACGAAUCACUGUUUCAAGAUGGCGGCAAUUUCUGCUGUAUUGGUCACAGAUCGACAGCGGCCAAAAACGUCUAUAGCAUGUAGACUUCCGCGCGUCGAAGGGGCACCCUCAAAAGACUCUCGCCUCAAUAUCCUCCGCCUCAAAAGGAGGAUCGACCAUAAACGGAAGGAGAGGUCGCUUACUAUCAAUGAAGUUCCGAUGAUGCUCCUCCCCAAGGCCAGGGUCAGGACUACCUAUGACCUCAUGAAAAUUCGCGGGGACGCAUGCGUAAUCCCUGAUCAGGAUUACAAUUCUUUACACCUGUCAACGUUACACCCCGAUGCGGACUUCAUGCGCGUGCGAAACAACACGUCUCGACUGUCGUUCCGAAGUAAGAGCAGAUGCUCACGACCAUCAUCAAGGAGUGAUCUAGACAGUGGCAUUGGGUCCCUCAGGAGAGGUGUCACAUUUGACGAUUUGAGCAUGAGCCAGUCGACAGUGUACAAAUCAACGGAAGAUUUAGACGUUUAUUCUGAGGACGAGGACGUAAAACUCGCAUCGCCACCGUCCCGGGAGGAAGAUCUGUUAUCAAUGUCUAUUUCCUCUUUCUUGCCAUCGAUAGACAGCGAUCUACCGGAACAUCUGGACAGUUACGGCGAAACUACCUCCAUCGCGGACAAUAACCGCGAAAAAACCAAGAGAAAUAAGUUCUUAGACUCUUGGCGGCGAGGUCGUUCCAGGCCGCAAACGCCCGGGUGCUCCAUUGAACCUUGUCAUGAAGACUCUUGUCUCAUAUGUAAGGGAUUCAUGUCCGAAAAGGAACGCAUACAGAAGUGCUUCGGUGGCGUGCAGAACUUCCUGGACUGGAUAUUCUCAAAAUGGGGAAAGAGGAAUGAGCUGAAGAACCUGCCGAGGUCACACUACCUGUACGGCCGCGUACACGGAAAUACGCCGCUCAGUACAACCUCCAUCUUCCGAGGUCGACAACCCAAGUUCUGUAACAUCGUCCAACAAGUUCAGCUCCAUGCACGUGACUUACGAUCACCGACGCCGACGCGUCAGAUGGACGAGGAUUAUAACGAUUUUGACUACAUCCGGAAGACUAUCGACGGCGACAUGCUCAGGCGGCGCCGGAAGUACAGUGACACUACCAGACCGAAAACAGCGUCACCUCGGGGACACCUGUCGGUUCCUACAAGUGAUUCACGACGUAAUGAUAAGCAUAUCCUGUCAAAAAAUCACCGACGUAACGUAUCGCCCAAGCGAAAGCUAAGCAGCUGGUGUAAACGUCGGUGCGGUGGUACAGAGGAACACAGUUUUGAUGACGUGGACCUCAGGAAAGUCGAGCCUCCGGUUGAGGAGGAAGAAGUUAUCGCUGAGAAGGCAGAACCUGAGACCGGGGUAAAAACGUCCGGAACAGAAGGACGACCGACGUCACCAAGUUCUCAGGACGGAGACACCAAGAUAGAUGUUACAAUUAUGGGGCUAGAAAAAGCUCCUAGUCCUCCUCUCCGGGGGAAUUGGUCACCAACAGUUACUGAUAUCAAUCCUAAGUCCCAACCGGAGAGUGAGGAUUUGACCAGUCUCCUUGACAACCCUGUGUCAGCCACAGACACGAAGAAAUCAGACACGCCCACUCUCUUCCUGCACAAUGACACAGAACUAGAUGGGACUGGAGGACCCCCAGCACAGCCUCCCCCCACCCCAGAGAUCCUGACCCCUAAAGAACCUGUUGAGGAAAAGCCUGCCACAAAGAGGCCCAGAACCUGCACCAAGAAAACAAAAGUUCCAAUCACAAAGACUCGCAAACCUAAGGAGGAGAUGGAGAAGAAAGAAGAUGAAACUGCUAAAGUGGAAACCCCUCUUCCCGCUCCUCCUCCGGAAGAAAGUAAAGAGGAAAAGGACAUCAAAGUGAAUAUUGCUGUGCCUGAGUUGCCCACAUACCAAAAGGACGAAAACCAGCGCAAAACAAAGGAGAAACGCAAGUCGGAGCGCCACCUGGUGGUCAAACCAAAAUUUGAACCCAAGGAUGACCCAGUGGACCAGUUAGAUGAGGAUCUGAAGGCACGCAUCCGUGAAUUUGAUUGGUCGACUAUGGAAAUGACUGGUUCCGAGGAAUCUCCGAGGAAGCAGCAAAAAGCAGCAUGGGUGACUGGUCGUUUGGCCCUGUCUCAACAAUCCAGUCGGUUUGAACUACCUAUGGACAUGAGAGUCUUAGAAAGUAUGACAACUCAGGAAUAUAUACGAGAAUACUGUAAGAUAACGAAGCGUAGACAGAAGUUGUAUUCAGAUGUGUUCCGGAAAAACGCCAAACAGAAGGAGAGAAAUGUAUAUGUGAUUCCCUUCAAGGACCUAAGGAAAGCCCUGAUGGAUGUCCUGGUCAACACUUUGACCGAUGACCACUACUCCAUGCUGGUGGAGCACAUGGCCUUCGCCCAGGAUGCUGAGAUUGACCUGGUGUUAUUUUCUGCAUUGUCUGCAUUAGCAGAACGUCUAAUGUAUCCACAGUUUGUGACCCAGGAGACUGUGGACAUGCCAGACUACAUGAAGGAGAAGAUCGAGUGUGCAGACUUCGGAGCUCUUCGGUGGAAGAUGCAGGGAGUGAAUGUUAGCCCAGGUAUAAAGAAACUACUGCUGCAGCUCAGCUGAUAGCUGGUCAUUCCUCGUCUCUGUUGCAAUAGUACUGUCUGUAUAGUGACUCUGUGUGUCCUCAUCAGCAGAAAUGCAGAGAUGACUUAAAGAAGACUUUUACAUCCGAUGUCUACUGAAUUCCGCGAUGUUUACUGAACAAAGGUUGGUACUGUGGUUCAGCAAACAGACUUAUACACAGCACAGGGAACUUUGCUUACUUCUUCCUGACUUUUAAGUCCUAAACAUUGGAAGUCUUAGCAACAGUGGUAACAUCUCAGACACUGUGUUAGACAGAAACACUGGACAGCAGAGUGGUACAUCCCAGACACUGUGUUAGACAGAAACACUGGACAGCAGAGGGGUACAUCCCAGACGCUGUGUUAGACAGAAACACUGGACAUCUUAGUGUACAUCCCGGACACUGUGUUAGACAGAAACACUGGACAGCAGAGGGGUACAUCCCAGACACUGUGUUAGACAGACACACUGGACAGCAGAGUGGUGCAUCCCAGACAUUGUAUUAGACAGAAACACUGGACAGCAGAGGGGUACAUUCCAGACACCGUGUUAGACAGAAACACUGGACAGCAGAGGGGUACAUCCCAGACACUGUGUUAGACAGAAACACUGGACAUCUUAGUGUACAUCCCGGACACUGUACUAGACAGAAACACUGGACAUCUUAGCAACAGUGUGUGCUGUAAUUCUUGAAACCGUGUUGGACAUCCUUGUAGAGGUGCUGAACAUCUAUGUGACAGUGCUAUAAGGCGAUGACAUUAUCAAUACAAGAGACUGACUUGAUUAUAAACUUGACCAAGGAACCUCGAUGUACUCCAGCAUUGGUGUAUUUAAAGUUAAAUUGAAAAACUACUGCAGAUCUUAUUUAUAUUCCAAGUAGAGUUGGAUUAAAUUCAACAGGAGAUUUGAUAGCACAUUGUUAUUGCAUAUUAUUGUAUCUGACUUCUGACAAAACAGAUGCUGUAAUAUCUUGAAUUGUGCUCUUGCAGUGACAUGUCAACAGGGGCCUUUAGUACACUAAUGUUGGUACAUACAGGUCUGGCUGACAACACUACUACUACUGCAGAACUUACAACAAUAGGAUGCUGGAUUACUGCCUUUCGUGAAAGAUGCUGUAUAUUUCUAUAAGUUGUAAUAUAUAGAAACUUAUUUCACUUCAGGUUGCAGAUGAUAUAGAUUAUGAUAUAAUCUACUGAACAUGAUGUCUGCCUUUGUUUAUAACAUUGUAUUUAGUAAUACCUGAUGUCUUCUACAUGAACGGUGAGAUCAGGGAUAGGAAACCAUUAAAUUAUAAAAUGUAAGGGAAACAGAGUUGUUUCCCCUUCUUUUAUUAAUUCUGUUGUUAAGAAAACGUUCUUAUUUGCUUCAUUAAAUUGAAUUGCUUCAUUCUAAUGUUAAGGAGACACAAUUGUUUUCCUUUGAUUGCAGCCUGUUAAUUCUAAUUAUCUCACUUCGACUAUUCCAUAUUUUAUGUAAAGGAUAUAAUGGUUGCCUUCCCUCAAUUUACUACUGUGUAGAGGUGGCGAGGUUGACUCACUUUACUUAUUACCUAUUUAGUAUUACAGGGGCACGUAACUCUCUCCCUUUGUGACAUUGCCUUUAAAGGGGACUUCUAGUUGUCUCCCCUUGGUUGCUAUAAAAUGACAUAAUUAUCUCCCCCUGGUUUUUAUACAAGUGUGUUUGGUGUAUAAGUGAUGUAGUAAACCUUACCAUUAAUGUAGCUGUGUAUGCAUGGAGAUGAAAUGGAUAUAAGCCUUAUCACAGAACAUAUGUUUACAAAAUCGAUUUGUUUGAAAAUCCAAUGGACAGAUGGCGUAAAUCAAUAUUAAUGUACUUUAUGGAAAACAAAUAGACUUAGGGACUGAUGUGAGUAAGGUAAUUGAUGUAUUUAUUGAUUUGAGAAAGGUAGUCAAUGUGUUGUUUUGUGUAAUGUAGUUGAUGUAUAGUGUCAGUAAGGUUUGUGAUGUAUAGUAAGGUAUGAACUAAACGACCAGGUUACUUGAGAUACAAAUCAACCUCAUAUUCUUUUUAACUAUUUUUAUCGAUAUUGAUAUAUGCAUCUUAAACAUCAUUUUAGGUUUUAAAGGACUACUUGCAAUCUUACUUUAUCAUAUUUCAUACUACCUUGUACACUUGUUCAGGACAUACAUAUCACAUUUCGUAUGCAUGUACAAGUUCCUUUACCUAUCUACAUUUUUUGAAUUUUAUAUUUCUAUCAUUACAAGCCGAACUGUGAUACUGUAAACAUGCUUUAACAUCAUCAUACCUAAAUCUCUUGAGAUUAAAUGCUUAUUUAUCAUAAUAUCAAC